AUGCCAUACCUGGUAUUCCUAAAACGUGACCGAAUUGAUAGCCAGAUUGGCGUGGCUAAGGAUGAUUUUGAACAACAAGCGAGAACUGGACCUGGACAUAGGACGAGGUCUCUAGAUCAAUUCUAUUAUCAUUCUUUGAGUGGAAAUGAUAUCAAAGGCCGCGACGAAAACCAGGUCGUGACCCGUUACUUGAUCGGAGGCAAGAAUGGUGACGGGGUCGAUAGGAGCAGACCCUGGUGGCCAAUCCUCGGCGUUGACCAGCUCUGGCUUUGGGUCAUAGAUGAUGAGACCAUCAUUACCUCCUCUACUUGCAGACCGGAUGGUUAUGAAGAUCCUGUGAUCGAAGGGAUUUUCAAUCAUCUAAGGGAGGUUAAGUCCAAGAAGAAGGGACGGCCUUUGCCAUCAUCAGUCAAUCAGAUGAGCAAGUUCAUUGUCAGCUUUUGCAUCGAUUUCAUUAAUACUGCCACUUGGAAGGGCUCUAGUCCAGAUGAUCUCGCCAGACCUGAAUAUAGCCAGAAGUCUGUCAAGUCUGUACGUGAGAUCUUCUCUGAGACAGUCAAUAGCAAGGCCGUUGAAGAGAAAGACUUGUUCGCCUCCUUCAAAAGGAAAAUGGACAAGGCGAGAAGGAGGGAUGAAAGGAGAAAGAUAGUCAAGGCCAAGAAAACACAAAUCAAACAGGGUGACACUAAACCAGAAAACGGACAGCGUGAAGUAGAGAAACCAUCAGAGGAAGGAAACAAGCCGCACGAGGCUCCUGCGAAACUCCUACUGCACGGUGAACCCGACGAAAAUGAAAACUGGGCGUCCAUCAGCAAGGCCGCUGAUCUGCUGGACGAGGUCAAGGAUAUCCGCGAUGAGCUCACGAUAUUGAAGGCAAUACUGACCCAACAGGAUCAUGUUCUGGCUGAUAUCCAGAGAAGUCCACUUCAUCCGAAUUCUGAAAGAAGGUCGCAUUACAUGCUUACUGAAAUCAACGAGAUGAUUGAGAUCACGGACACCAUCAAGAGUUCAGUGUGUAGUUCUUACUGCUUUAGAAAUGCAUAG